AUGUCGAUAUUAGCCGCUUGGUCUGGUACAAGGAUAAUCCUUCGCCAGGUCUCACCGGAGUCCAUACCGAUUUUUGAUUUCAUAUUAGAGCUGUAUAGAUCCUGUGAUGGCAACUGGAAUCAAAUUUCUGGGGGUGAUGGGAUCGUCGAAGAAGACGUCGAAGAGUUCCUCAAAUAUGCAGCCACUUUCCUGUCUAAUAUCGGGAAUUACUACGGGUCUGGGGAUCAGAAGUUCGUUCCACAGAUCAGUUCUAGUUCGAUAGAGAAACUUGCUGCCCGGUCACUCAAGCUCUGGGACCUCUAUCUGGAGUUCCGAGACUCCAUUAUGACGGUUCCACCUUUCACUCUCGGCUAUCCUAGUCCAGUAGCUCAAAGUUCUUAUUACCCUGGGGAAUUCAUCGAAAAGGAAGAAAUCGCCCUCGUCUCUAGACAUAUGGGGGCGCAUUCUAUUCUACCCGAGAACACCAGAGUUCGAAAAACCGGAGAAGACACAUUCGAGGUCCUUCAGGCCUCAACUAUGAUAUCAGAGGUUCCACUGCCUCUAGAUAUCCCAGAUUCGACAGCUAGGGUCAGCUUAGUACGGGGUGACCAUGCUGAUGAUCUGGAAAAGAUCUGCCAAAACUUGUCUAGAGCUGCUACGUAUGCGGCAAACGACGCCCAGCGAAAGUUCAUAGCUCAAUACAUCGAGAGUUUUCGAACCGGAAGUCUCGAUGCGUAUCGCGACUCUCAGCGGACAUGGAUCACCGAUAAAGCACCGAAGAUUGAGAAUAUCUUCGGGUUUGUCGAGCCAUAUAGAGAUCCGGCUGGAAUCCGUGCCGAAUUUGAAGGCUUGGUUGCCAUCGCUAAUGCGGAAGAAACGAAACUGUUGUCAAAAUUAGUUGAGAACUCCGACAAAUUCAUCCAGCGACUGCCUUGGGCUACCCCCGAAAACAAUGGUAAAGGGGCUUUCGAGAAAUCCCUGUUCGACCCACCCGACUUCUCUAGCAUUCAUACACUGGCCUACUGUUCCAGUAUCAUAUUUCCAGGAAUCAACCUUCCAAAUUACAACGAUAUCCGUCAAGAUGUGGGGUUCAAGAACGUCAUCGUUGCGAACCGUAUGACGGCUGAAAGUACCGCGAUGCAGUGGCCCUUCAUUGAAGAUUCUGAAAUGGAGCUAUUCCAGAAACAUAAGUAUCCUGCGUAUUAUUGGUGGGUUGUGCUCCAUGAACUAUUGGGUCAUGGUACGGGUAGGAUGAUGAUUGAGGAACCUGCUAAUAAAUUCAACUUCGAUCCUGCGAAUCCGCCAAUAAGCCCUCUUGACGGGAAGCCCAUCAAAACAUGGUACAAGCCAGGUCAGACAUGGACUGGUGAGUUCGGAGAUCUAGCUACGACGCUGGACGAGUGUAGAGCCGAACUGGUAGGGGCUUAUCUUAUGGAUGAUCCGGAGCUACUAGCUCUCUUCGGGUUCACAGAUCAAUCGGAAAUUCGAGCCGAUGAUUUGACUUACAAUCUAUAUCAGCAACUUGGAGUUGAUGGCCUUCGAGCUCUUUCGAAUUACAAUGUCGAAGGAUCGAAAUGGGGGCAAGCUCACAGCAGGGCUCAUUUUUCUAUCCUUAGAUGUCUGCUCAGACACGGUCAUGGGUGUAUUGAAAUCCACCACGAUAUAGGGGCUAAGAAGCUCAGAGUUCAGGUUGAUCGAUCAAGAAUCAAGAGUCAUGGAAAGAAGGCUCUUGGUGACAUGUUAUUACGCCUUCACAUGUAUCGCUGCACUGCCGACGUCCAAACUUGUAGGGAGUACUACGAAGACCUUUCACAUGUGGAUGAGGAAUGUCUGGAGUGGCGACAGACCGUUGUUGAAAACAAACCGCCUCCCUUAUUGAAUGUGCAGGCCAACACAUUCAUUGAUGGAGAAACAGUCACCUUGAAGGAAUACGAUGCCACUAUAGCAGGCGUUAUCCAGAGCUGGUGCGAACGUAGCGUGUAA